GUAACAACAGAAGAUAGGCUUUCCCAUUACCACGUCGUACACACAAACACAGACAAGGAAAAUGGCAGCGACAGGCUCUCUUCGCGGACGCGGUGACGCUACUCACACAGGCCACAUCACCAGUACCGCCAAUGCUCUCGAUGACCCGCACCUCCUCGGCACGCUGGUGAAGUCGGCCAAGAGCGCGUACAGCACACUGGGCCGUGCCCUCGACACAACGCUUUCGCACCAGCGCUUUGGCGGAGCCCAGAUGGAGCCGAGUGCGCUGACGAUGAACCGCCUAAAACGCGAGCGCCAGCUGCGCCUUCAGCAGGAGUUGCAGCGCGCGUGCGGCGACACCAGCGUGAGUGCAGGCAGCGGCGGCAGGAACGCGGCUGCGAGAGGGGUCGAUUGGACGAAUGAAACACGGCGCCCCGCGUCGCCCGCCUCUGGUGCAUUGGCGGCGUCGUCGUCGCGGGGCGGCCUGCACAUUCCGGCGCUCCCCACGAUGGCGCCCUCCAUGACAGCCGCCGCCGACGACGGCACCGAGUCGCUCGGUGGCACCAAAAUCGGCGGCGACGACCGCGGCUACGUCACCCUCAUCGGUGCCGUCCCGACCUUCGCCACGACGCGGAAGAUCGAGGACAACUACGAGUUGAUUAGCAGCUUCCGUGCUUACCGCACCGAUGCCCAGCGAAUGGAGCGGCAGGCGGCCUUGCGAGACUUCUCUGCUCCGCACCCGGAUCUGCUGGAGCAGCUUGCCCCGCUAAUUCAGCAGCGCAGAGCGUCGCGACCGCUGGAGGUGGUGGAUGUGGAGACGCUGCCGUACGGCCUGCGGCAGGCUUACGCCGCGCAGCAGCAGGCGCGUAGUCUUCCUGCUGUCGAUGCCCAGUCACCGGACAACGCGGGGAUGAUGAAGAUGGAGGAGGAGAUCCCUGGAGCGACGAUGCCGGUUGCUGCGGCGAUGGAGAACGCAACCGGCAGUCCUUCUGGACCUCUCCCUGGCACCUGGCCCUUCACCUGCCAGGGCCGCGUGGAGGCCGACCGUGUUAAGUCGCUCAACUACUUGCCCGGUUAUCGUCAGCCGGCGGUGGGGCAGUACCACGUGCGCUACGGCGUGGUGGAGCCGCGGGUCACCGGUGGCUACGUCAUGCCGCAGGCCCCCGCCCCGUCCCUCACGCGGGCCGCAGCGCAGCCGCCAAACGCCGAUGGGCGGCAGGGCGAUGAGGGGGCCGUGGAGGAGCGCCGGCAAGACGCCAGCGUGAACGGCGACGGUGAUCGCUACGGCGCAGACGCCGUCUUCGGUCUAACGAUGCGCGACGACGUUACCUCCAUCGCCGGGGCCCGUCACGGCACGGAGCGCUCUGGCGAAGACGACAGCAAUGCCCGGCGGAACAUCCCCAUCUCACACGGCGAGAACGUGAAGGGCAGCUCCAUGUUUCUCUCCCAGGUUCCACGGCAGGUCUCACAUGGCACGGCGGCACCAGACGUGUACUACUGGCCCUAUCCCGAUGCUCGCUCCACCGCAAAGCGCACGCCGUGUCUCGUGCAGCUCGACGUGCUGCCGACGCAGCGCCGCCGCGAGCCCCUUGUCUCAGGGGUGCCGGCGUCCGUCUACGAGGUCAGCGAGGACAUCGCUGCCAACCAGCCCCGCACCGUCACCAUGGACCGCACCACCGGGCGGGGGACCCACUGGUACGGCCGGGCACCGCCGCCCACCAACGGCGAGCUGCUGGACGUCGACCAGGCGUUGCGGGCGACGCGGGCAAAGGAGCGGGCGGCGACGCUGCCACCCCGCACACGCGAGGGCGACGGUCGUCCACGCAGCAGCAAUCACAACGACACGCUCGCCCCUGGUGGUGCUUCAGUGGGCGACACCGCCGUCUCGGUCGAGCACAACCUCAACUACCCGCGGUCGUUAAUUGGGGAUGCGGCGCAGCUGGCGCGUGUGCGAGACUUCGGCAAGGUGCCCAGCCGUGCGGAGAGGGAAGCGCGGGCCACGCUGGGCCUCACGGUGGCCUACCAAGGCGACGACGACGGUGCCUACGACCAAUCUGCGGAGGCAGAGGACGGUAGAUCGGAGUGGACGGAGGCGCGUAGCCGGUCCGCCAUCAUCCAUUCUUCCGCGCCGGGGCACAAUGACAUGCACGCUUCCAAUCCUACGGAGCUGGGCGAAGUGCCUUCCCUGGCCUUGACAAAGCCGCGCGUGGGCUGUGUGACGGACCUCGGCAAAGGCAGCGCACGCCCUGUGCACAUGGUCCCUCUCCACGAUCUCACGUACGACGUCGAUGGCGGGUACGCGCUGACGGGCGGACGGGUGAAGGGCACGCCGUCGAUUGGGAAAGUCGUCACUCGUCAACAAGCCGGCGGCCAAGGGGCAAAAGGUUGCGGAGCAAGCGUGAUGUACGACCCCACCAACUACCUCUCCCCGACUGUAAAGUUGGUGCCGGAUUUUGAGAAGCAAAUCACGAAGGAGCGCGAGUUCCGCGGCCACCGUGUGCAGUCGGAGCGGUACACGCGGCUAUUCCCUGCCGCGCCAGGACCUGGCCACUACACGGUCAACUACUCACUCGUGGAAUAA